AUGUUAGACCCCAGCAGCCAUCAGGACAUCAGGCUGAUGAGCAGCCUCUUUUCUGUGAUCAGUUGUAACAGAACUGGAGAGAAUCUUGACCCCAGGCUGAACCAGUUCGAGAAGGAGAAGCAGGACUAUGUCUUCUGCCUCGAGCAGAAGUUAGUGUACAGGCCAGAGUACAUCCUCCUCGUGGAAGACGAUACUGUGCCAGAGGAGGAGAUAUUUUCUGUCUUGCAGCACCUCUUCUUGGCCUGGUUGUCCAAGCCUUACCUCAGAGACGCUCUCUACUUCAAGCUGUACUAUCCUGAGAGGCUCCAGCGCUACUUCAACCCUGAGCGCAUGAGGAUCCCGGAGUGGCUGGGCAUGUCUCUGGGGCCGGUGCUGGCCGGUGCGUACUGCCGGGCAGGCCCCGGCUGGUGCCUGGUGGCGUUCUUCGCCCUGUACAGCAUGGCCCUGGCAGAGCUGGUGGGGCGGCACUACGGGCUGGAGCUGCGCCACCUGCACACUGCACUCUACAACGUGGUGCCGGCCAGCGAGUGCUGCACCCCUGUCAUGCUGUCUUCCACCCACCGGGCCUCGGGAUACCUGCAGGGGCUGAGCUGCCGCCAGGGCUUCGCCAAGGACACCGCCCUCUACUCGCUGCUCAAGGGCGAAAACACCUUCGUGCUGGAGCCCAACCUGGUGCGGCAUGUGGGCAUGUACUCCAGCCUCCGACUGAAGGGCAACCCAAAACUGCUGUAA